AGCCCCAUAAAGAGAGUAAAACAAAUUAAAAAAUGAACAAGAUCUUAAAAAACUUAUUGUGUUUUAAGAAAAAUGUUAAUUCUUUACGAAUAUUCGAUUCCAGGUCACUAUCUUUAUCCUCUUCGUCUUCUUCUUCAUUCACUCCUCAGAGAUACGACGUUUUCCUAAGCUUCAGAGGCGCGGAUACUCGCAAGAGCUUCGUCAGUUUUCUCUACAGGGAGUUGGAAUCAAAACGGAUCCGAACUUUUAAAGACGACAAGGAACUGGAGAGAGGCCGUCCGAUUUCGCCGGAGCUUCUCCAAGCAAUCAAAGGGUCGAGGAUCGCGGUCGUGGUGGUCUCUGUGAACUACCCUGCUUCGCCUUGGUGUCUUGAAGAGCUAAGGGAGAUUUUGAAACUCCAGAAACUGGGUUUGCUCACUGUGAUACCCAUUUUCUAUGAGAUCGAUCCUUCAGCUGUGAGGAGACAGAUCGGAGUUGUCUUGAAACAGUUCAAGAAGCAUGAGAAGAGAGAAAGCAAAGAAAAAGUCAAAUCGUGGAGGGAAGCGUUGACCAAAUUGGCUAGUCUCUCCGGCGAGUGUUCAAAGGAUUGGUAUAAAUCUCCAAAACCUAUGAAUCGGGCUCGAACAAAAUACAAUUUGGGAUCUGUUGAAUCGUUUCUCAAAAUUUCGAUUUGUUUUUCUCUGUGUCUCAAAGUAGCGCAUUCGUUUCAAAGUUAGGAUCGUUGUCUCUGUUUCUAAAAGUUAGGAUCUUUGUCUAUGUGUCUCAAAGUUAGGAUCUUUUGUCUCUGUCUCUCAGAGUUAGGAUCUUUGUCUCUGUCUCUCAGAGUUAGGAUCUUUGUCUCUGUUUCUAAAAGUUAAGAUCUUUGUCUCUGUGUCUCAAAGUUAGGAUCUUUUGUCUCCGUCUAUAUCAAAGUUUGGAUCUUUGUCUUCUGUUUCUCAAAGUUUGAAUCUUGGUCUUAAUAUGUUUAUGUUUUAGGGAAGAUGACUCGAAGCUGGUCGAAGAAAUUACUGAGCAAAUAUCAAACAAGUUGUUCUCAGAAACACCAAGCAAUGAUAAUGUC